UAAACGAGAUUCUAAUGGCGAGGCCGACCAUACAACCCAAACUUUUUGAUAUUCUUAUUCGCUUUCCCGACAACAUUUUCCAGUGCAUUUUGUGGCGGGACCUUCAUCACAUUUCUGAUGCAGAAAGGGAAACCUUCCUUAAAUUCGAUGACGCGCGACACCUUAGAGGCACCAGAAAUUCUAAACGGUCUGCACUAUCAACAAUAGCUCGAAAAUCUUUUGAGCACAUCAUGGCUGAUUUGCCUAAGGAGCGCAUUCAGGCCUCACGAGCCUUCAUCGUCACAGGAGUGGACUACUGUGGUCCAUUUUACUUCAAACCCGAAACCCGCAAUAAGUCACCCCAGAAAUGUUAUAUCAGCGUCUUCAUCUGUUUCGCAACCAAGGCCGUAUGGAGGGAGCUAGUGAGGGACCUUCCAACAGGUGCUUUUUUGGAAGCUCUCAAGCUAUUUACGACAACACGCGCCAUGCAAAGCUGUAUUUGGUCAGACAACGCAACCAAUUUCGUAGGCGCUAAGAACGAGUUGAGAGACCUAAAACGCCUACUCCUAAGCCAAGAGCACCGCAGUAAGGUUCACGUUCACUACCUCAACAAUGGUUUCGACUGGCGAUUCAUACCACCACGUUCACUACAUUUCGGCGGCUUGUGGGAAGCCGCAGUAAAAAUGGCUAAACAGCACCUGCACCGCACUCUUGGCUCUGCAAUUCUUGGUUUUGAUGAACUGCGUACAUUGAAAAUCCAGAAGACCUUGAUGUUUUAA